AUGACGAGUAAUAUGGCCACAGUUAAGGGAAGCAAAAUUCACUCUGUCUCGAGUUGGUGCACUUCUAUUGUGGGGAAGUUUGAAGCAAAGGAUCAAGUUAUGCUCAAUGAGAAGAAAUGUUCGUGCAAGUAUUUUGAGAAUAUUAAAAUUCCGUGCGGCCAUGCUAUGAUUGCAGCAGAUGGAAUAGGGCUGCCGCAUAUAACUUUGGUUGGUCAUUGUUACAAGACAACAACAUGGAGAGACACAUAUGCUGGUGCGAUAUACCCUGAAGGUAAUCCCCGAGACGUGGACAUUCCAGAGGAUGUGAGAGAGUGUUCUUUGCUACCCCCUUUGACAAAGAGACCAGCAGGACGCCGUAGGAAAAACCGGAUUCCUUCUACUGGAGAAUUCCCGGUACCUAAGAAGAAGAAACUAGUUCCAAACAAGUGUGGAAGGUGCAGGUGUGAAGGACACAACAGGACAAACUGCACUAACCCCAUAUAG